UGCCCUGUUUUACACACCAUGCAGGAUAUUAAAAUAUCAACAAAUAUACACUGAUAUUGUAAAUCUCGGAAGACCACUUUUCUUCGCCACCGAAAGUUAACAACUUUUAAUAUCGUUUACUAGAAGAGGUGGAAGAUGUCCAAUCCGAACAAAGAUUAUACCCCAACAACCAGUAGAGGUGCUGAAGGUGCAUCUAAAGAACUUCGCGACGCUCUGCGCGCGUUGGAUAAGCAUGAAAUUGCGAAGGAAUUUACGACGCCUACUAUGUCCUGGCACUUUAACCCACCGGCUAGUCCGCACAUGGGUGGUUGCUGGGAGCGGCUCAUUCAAUCGGUCAAGCGAAAUUUGACUGAGGUACUCAAAACCAAACGACCAUCUGACGAGGAAUUGCGCAGUACACUGAUACAGAUAGAAUCAACGCUUAACAGCCGCCCAUUGACUGAAGUACCUGUGGAUCAGGAAUCGGAGGUGGCCCUUACACCCAACCAUUUUUUAUUAGGUUCAUCGGAUGGAACAAAACCUCUAACACUAUGUGAUGACAGCGUUCACGUGGUGCGAAAAGGAUGGCAGACAUCGCAGAUAAUGGCCAACAUGUUCUGGAGGCGUUGGCUUAGGAGCUAUCUACCUGAAAUCACAAGAAGAACGAGAUGGUUCAAAAGGGUUAAACCCAUAGCUGUUGACGACGUCGUCGUUAUCGUAGAUCCAGAGCUGCCCCGAAACUGUUGGCCCAAAGGCCGGGUUAUAGCUAUAGUGGAAAAAGGAGGGCAAGUACGUAGCGCAACGGUACAGACUAGCAAAGGUGUUUAUGAGCGUCCUGCCGUUAAACUAGCAGUUCUUGAUAUUUGGAGCGAAAGUAUGUAA